GAAAUGAUGUGUAUACAGCACCCAGCAGCGUUCCUCCGCUUACUGCCCCUUUUCUGAGCCACACGAUCCUCUGCCAUGAAAUAGAACUAAAGACGUGUAUCCUUCGAAGAGAGCUACCGUCUUUUAAGGCCACAUGCACAGCUUGGCGGACAGAGGCGUCCGCGGAUGUUCCACGCCAGGACCGUUCUGUGGCUACGCCUCACUCUCCGCUCUGCUCGAAGCGUCGCAAGAGCCAGGUUUACAGAGGAGCAGCACAAAGUGCCGCGGAACCCGGGAGCGAUGGAGAACGGCGGGGGGCCCCGCGGGGAAGAGCGCCCACCUCCGGCCCAGGAGACGCUUGUCACCGAGGGCGCCGCCAAGAUCGUCUUCCCCAGCGCCAACGAAGUCUUCUACAAUCCAGUUCAGGAGUUCAACCGGGACCUGACGUGUGCGGUGAUCACCGAGUUUGCUAGAAUCCAGCUGGGCGCCAAAGGAAUCCAGAUCAAGGUGCCAGGGGAGGAGGAUAUACAGAAGGUGGUUGUGGAUUUGUCGGAGCAAGAGAAGGAAAAGGUUGAAUCAAAAGAUGGUGAAAAUCUGGUCCCUGGAGACCAACCUCAAACAGCUACUGUCAGGACGAUCUGCAAGGAAGGCCUUCGGGUGCUUGAGGGCCUGGCAGCUUCCGGCCUCCGAUCCAUUCGCUUCGCUCUGGAGGUACCUGGGCUGCAAUCUGUGGUUGCCAAUGACGCCUCUGCCCGAGCCGUGGAACUCAUGCGCCACAAUGUGCAACUCAAUGACGUGGCCCACCUGGUCCAGCCCAGCCAGGCCGAUGCCCGGAUUCUGAUGUACCAGCACCAGAAGGCGGCUGAGCGCUUUGACAUCAUAGACCUGGACCCCUACGGCAGCCCUGCGCCUUUCCUGGACGCAGCGGUGCAGGCUGUGAGUGAAGGAGGACUGCUCUGUGUCACCUGCACCGACAUGGCUGUGCUGGGAGGGAACAGCGGUGAGACCUGCUACAGCAAGUAUGGGGCCAUGGCCCUCAAGAGCCGCGCCUGCCAUGAGAUGGCCCUGCGGAUCGUCCUGCACAGCCUGGACCUCCAUGCCAAUUGCUACCAGCGCUACGUGGUGCCACUGCUCAGUAUCAGCGCCGACUUCUACGUGCGUGUUUUUGUUCGGGUCUUCACCGGCCAGGCCCGUGUGAAGGCCUCCGCCAGCAAGCAGGCGCUGGUGUUCCAGUGCGUGGGCUGCGGUUCCUUCCACCUGCAGCGCCUUGGCCGAGCAGCGGCAGCCUCCGGUGGGCGGGUCAAGUUCUCCGCAGCCUGCGGCCCCCCAGUGGCUCCCGAGUGUGGGCACUGUGGGCAGCGACACCAGCUCGGCGGCCCCAUAUGGGCCGAGCCCAUCCAUGACCUCGACUUCGUGGGACGCGUGCUGGCAGCCAUAAGCGCCAGCCCUCGCCGCUUCCACACCGCCGACCGGAUCCGGGGCGUUCUGAGCGUGGUCACUGAGGAGCUCCCGGAUGUGCCCCUGUACUACACCCUGGACCAGCUGAGCAGCACCCUGCACUGCAACACACCCAGUCUCCUGCAGCUGCGAUCUGCUCUUCUGCACGCUGGUUUCCGGGUCUCGCUCUCCCACGCCUGCAGGAACGCGGUGAAGACCGAUGCACCUGCCGAGGCGCUCUGGGACAUCAUGCGCUGCUGGGAGAAACAGUGCCCCGUGAAGCGGGAGCGGCUGUCAGAGAGCAGCCCCGCCUUCCGCAUCCUCGCUGUGGAGCCCAGGCUGCAGGCCAACUUUACCCUGCGGGAAGAUGCCAACCCCAGCUCCCGCCAGCGAGGGCUGAAGCGCUUCCAGGUCAACCCAGAGGCCAACUGGGGUCCCCGGCCCCGUGCCCGGCCAGGGGGCAAGGGCGCAGGCCAGGCUGAGGAGAAAAGCAGGCUGCGGCAGCAGCAGAAGCGGAAGGUGCUGGCCGAGGACCCAGCCCAGCAGGCCGCUCGCCUGAAGGCCUUCCCUUGCAAAAGGUUCAAGGAGGGCACCUGUGAGCGGGGAGACCAGUGCUGCUACUCUCAUGGCGAGCCUGUGCCAGCAGCCUCUACCCCCACAGACUGUGCAGAGACCUUGGACCAGAGCUCGGAGGGCAUGGGGCCACCCACCAGUGAGCCAUGUGUAGGCUGAGCCAAUAAACAGAUGUGAGACAGUC